CAGCAGUAUUAUGCUUCUGUAUCAUCCUACGGAUCAUCACAUCCAUGCCCACAGAUCAGUUCACCGUGGUACCCUGGAAAUGCCGAAGCACAUUCAGGGAUCCACUGCCAUCAUAAUCAUUACUGGCAGUCGAGCUGCAAAAAUCUAUAGCGGCAAUGACGAGAAUUUCAUCCGAGAAUGCAACGUUUUCCGGCGACUGGGCAGGCAUCCAAAUGUAGUAGAAUUGCAUUAUGUCCAAGACAGAACAAUUGUUCUGCAGGCGGGACGGUGUCUGCGAGAAAUACUAAAAGAGGGCGACAUCUCAAAUGAACAGCAAGAAAAAUGGGUCAGUGGACUUGCCUGUGGUUUGCAGUACAUGCAUGAUAACAAUGUCAUACACGCCGAUCUCAACGCUGCCAAUGCAAUUAUCUCCGGAGAUGAUGUCGCGAUGUGGCUUGACUUCGGUGGCUCUCAAAUUGACGAUCAAGAAGCACUGGCGAACUAUGACGAGUACAGUUAUCGACCACCAGAGCACCCGGAUCCUCCAAUCAGCCAGGCAACUGAUAUCUUUGCUUUCGGCUGUACCGUAUUCGAAAUCGAGACAGGCGCACCGCCGUUCUACAACGAGACUAAGCACAUGUCGCAGGACGGAAAAUUGUCAUACGUGGAGGACAUGUAUCGCCAACGCUUCUUUCCAUCCGUGGAAAAUCUACGCUUCCGGUCCAUAAUUAUGGGUUGUUGGCAGGGACGGUACGAGUCGAUGAGCGAGCUGAACCAAGAUUUAAAUUCCAUGCGUGUACAGCGAUCCCAGUCAUUGCCAUGGUAUUAUUUCCCAGCUAUGAGGACGGCAAUUCGAGAAGGUCUCUGCCGACUUUGGCCUUACCUAAACCUUUGAGAAAUUGGUAAGGGAAACUUGCCAGCUUUUGUGAGGAGUAGUGGCGUAUUUUAUCGAAGCGGCUCAACCGAAACAUCUUCUGCCUAUCAACUCCAGGCCGUGAUUGUCAUUUUCUUGGAAUACUUGACACGAGACGAACUCGUGAUGCAGUCUUGUAUCUGGAGAUGUCUUUGUUUACUGUCUCCUUCGACCACCAUGUCCACCCUUCCGACCCAGCAGAGUACCAGCAAACUCUGCAACCAAGGGAUGAGACUUUGCCUGAGAGAUAGCAAGGAUCCGCGAAUCUAUUUUCAAUCGCAUGUUUGAGCAUCAACGCCGCAAGUUUCAGUUAAUGGGGCGUGUUCCACGCUCGCAUCCACCGUGGUGGCCGAGUAUUAACCCAACUUAGCUGGUGUCUCUCGCAAAAUACUAAGGCCAAGAAGUAAUCUUGCCAAAGAGUACCGCUACAACGACUCUUCAUGCGAAAGAGGAACGCGGACAAAAAGCGUGUAUGCCCAUUCCGGUUGAAAUGAAUAGGAGUUCAUAGAUUGAUACUUUCAUGUAUCAAGUCAGAGAGAUACCAAAGCUUGCACGCAUUCGGUUUGAUGUGAGAUGUGCAGUGGUUUGAAGAAUACAAUUCUGAUGAAGUAGGACUAUUAACCUGUUUGGCGUGAACCUG